UCCACAUCAGAUUCUCUCCUCUUCUCCGAGAAAGAAGAGAACACUCCUUCUCGUCCAGUAUUAGGGUUCAAUGUCGGGUCUCCAUCGAUCAUCAAGUUCAUCGAAGAACGUCGGAAACUGCCUCCCCUCAAAGGAACUCCUUGACGAUCUUUGCAGUCGAUUUGUGUUGAAUGUACCGGAAGAGGAUCAACAGUCAUUCGAGAGGAUUCUGUUUCUGGUGGAGUAUGCUUACUGGUACUAUGAAGACAAUGCUGUGGAGAAUGAUCCGUCUCUAAAGUCUCUGUCUUUGAAGGAGUUUACUUCGCUCCUAUUCAACAGCUGUGAUGUUUUGAGACCUUAUGUAUCUAACAUUGGUGAUAUAUUCAAAGACUUUACGUCUUACAAGUGUCGAGUUCCUGUCACUGGAGCUAUUAUUCUUGAUGAAACUUAUGAACGGUGCUUGUUGGUGAAGGGAUGGAAAGGAUCAAGCUGGAGCUUUCCCCGUGGGAAGAAGAGUAAGGAUGAAGAAGACUAUGCCUGUGCUAUACGUGAGGUCUUGGAAGAAACUGGAUUUGAUGUCUCAAAGCUACUAAAAAAAGAAGAAUACAUUGAGUUUACAUUCAGACAGCAAAGAGUGCGACUUUUCAUCGUUGCUGGGGUGGCAGAUGAUACAUCUUUUGCACCACUAACAAAGAAGGAAAUCAGCGAGAUUGCAUGGCAUCCGCUUGAUCAUCUUCAGCCAGCAAGUAAUGAGGUGAUAACUCAUGGAGUUGCUGGUCUCAAGUUGUAUAUGGUGGCACCUUUUCUUGCGUCGUUGAAGUCGUGGAUAUCAAAGCAUCCGGCUCCUCUACCACGUAGACGUGAUAAGCCACCUAGAGCACGCUGCGUGUGGAACGCGAAGACUAGUAGUGGUGGAGGAAACGGGACAGCAACGGAAAGUUGCAAUAAAAAGCCCGAACUCAACCGUCCUCAAGACACUGAGCCUGGAAACAGUUUCAGAAGCUUCAAGUUCAACACGUCAGCAAUCUUGGAAUCAGGUUAUUCAGCUUGACUAGUCUCAGUCAUAUAUGGGUGGUUGGUAUUGGAGGAGCUAUGAUGCGGUUUGUGUAUAGCAAAACCGUUUAGAUAUGUUCAUACGCUUGGACUCUCUCUAUUUCUUCGGGGGUAUUUGCUGUAUGCAUCUCGAUUCUUUGGAUGAUGGCUUUAGAUGAUAAAUACUUGUGACGAGCCUAAGGUUAACGGAGUUUCUUAUUCGUGUAAUCAUCUGCUUAACAAUUAAUACAAUUGGUGUUUCUUAAUUUGUAGCCCUGACAACAUUUAUUUCAUGUUUAUUUUUAUCCUUUCAGUUAUGUAAAUCAAAACGUAUGUCGUCUUUUCCACCACAUCCAAAAAAUGAAUUCACCUGGUU